UCAAACACCGCAAUCAAGUGGGCAUCCCGUUGGGAUUACAUUUUGAAUUCCAUACCGCAUACAAGUAUCCAAUGGUUCAGGUUCGUAUGCCAUUGCAUGUUCACAAGGCCUGAGAAUAAUCAUACCGUAUCGUGGAUAUUGGACGUGACUCACAUGAGCUGCAUGCAGUAUUUUCAUUUCAAAUGCGUCUAGUGUUGUGGCAAUGUGUGUCCACCAAAAAUGGGGCUAAUCACACUAUAGCAGAGUUCAGGAUUUCUAUUUGAUUGAUGUUUUUUGGCAAUAUGCACCCUGGAGGAUACGUUUAUUGUUUGUUUAAAAUAAUUCUUGAUUUCUGAUUGGCUAACACCCAACGGUGAAGUUACCAUUUUAACUAAAUGGCUGACCAAAUAUGGAGUUGUGAGCUGUGAUGUCAAUACAAGUAAAAACAGUUCCUGCACGAUUGACAUCAACUGGUGCAAUAUGCAUGACGUCAUGCCAUUAAUUAAUGCAAUGUUGCAUUAGGAAUAAAACAAAAUGACUUCUCCUUCGUCCGCUUGCGGAUUUUGGGAAAGCAAAAUUUUUCAUUUUAAUCUAUACAAAAUCCUUCUACAGUUCUAUAAUAAGUAGUAAUUUAGUAUUAAAUUUAGUAUUAUAUUUUGUAAUAUUCUUAUUUCUAGCAUUAUGAAUUCUCUGGUGAUUGUUCUCUUCCUAUCUGGCGUUGUGGCAAUGAUUAUGUUGAGAACCUUACACAAAGAUGUUGCUCGAUAUUGCCAACUGGAAACCUGC